GUGGGUGUUACGAAAUAUGGCGGGAGUCUAAACAGCGAAUUUUGCUACAACUGGAGGUUUCCUCCUAUAACUUCGAAACAACGUGCCCAUAUCCCUGGAGAAGGUCGCAUUGACAAGUGAACAAGGCAGCCAGCCACUGGGGGCGGCAAGUUGAAGCUACAGAAUGGAUGCCAGUGCCAGCUACCUCGCCUACAUGGCAGCAGUCGCUUCAGCACAGGGUCCCAACCCGCUGGGCGCUCUCACCAACCAGCCCGCAGGACCUGCUAACAUGAUGGGACUGGACCUGGAGAUGACACGCAUGGCGCAGGAGACAGUACAGGAAACAGUCAGUGAGGAGGUCUUCACCACCUACAAGGCCAGUGUACCCAUCAUCCCCCAUGCACAGCCCCACCCAGCUGACAUUGUGGAAGCUGGAUCUCUAGCUGCCAUGGCCCUCCCCCCUACAGACUACCCCCUGGCUGACACCAUCCCUGAUGAUGUCAUCAACUCAGGCAAGCUGAGUGCCCUCCAACUGGAGGGGGUGAUAUAUGCUUGUACCAGACAUCAGAUGGUUUUGCCCAACGGUUGCCGGGCGGGGUUCUUCAUUGGAGACGGUGCUGGAGUAGGCAAGGGAAGACAGAUUUCUGGAAUCAUCCUGGACAACUUUGCUCGAGGGAGAACUCGACAUGUCUGGUUCAGCAUCUCUACUGACCUGAAACUGGAUGCCGAGAGAGACCUGCGUGACAUCGGCUGCUAUGUGAAGGUGAUAGAGGGCUGCCAGCAGCUGGAUAGAGAGACCAAGGUGUUCGGACUGCCUCCUGGCUUCAAGGAUGGGGUCAUCUUUAGCACUUACGCCACGCUUGUGUCUUCAGUACAGAAAGGAGUUGGAGCGUCCACAUCUCGGCAGAGUCGGCUGGACCAGCUCAUUAACUGGUGUGGGGGACAGGACUUUGACGGCUGUCUCAUCUUUGACGAGUGUCACAAGGCUAAACACUUUGUGCCUGGUAAAGAGAAAAACAGCACCAAAGUAGCGCUAGCGGUGGCGACCAUCCAGCGCCUCCUGCCCAAAGCCCGUGUGGUGUACUGUAGCGCUACGGGCGUCACCGACGUGAAGAACAUGGCCUUCAUGGAGCGGCUGGGACUGUGGGGGAGGGGCGCCGCCUUCAACGACUUUGAUCAGUUUCUGGAUGCCAUCCAGAGAAGAGGACUUGGUGUGGCUGAGAUGUUAGCGAUGGAGAUGAAAGGAUCCGGCAUGUACAUCUCCAGAGGGCUCAGCUUCAGGCAGGCUGAGUUUGUCACAGUGGAGGUGAACCUUACGCCGCAGCAGAUCAAAACCUACGACAUGGCGGCUCACGUCUGGAACGAGCUGCGCCAGGCGCUCACCACGGCCGUGGCGCGUACGGCCACCAACAACCCGCGCAUGUGGUCCACCUUCUGGUCCUCACACCAGAGGUUCUUCAAGCAGCUCUGUAUGGGCAUGAAGGUGCCAGCAAUUGUACAGGAGGCAAAAGAGUCACUAGAGAAGGGGUACUGUAUAGUGAUUGGAUUACAGACAACAGGAGAGGCCAGCCUGGAGUGUGAGCUGUCCAAACAUGGCGGACAGGUGUUGGGUUUCGUGUCGCUGUGUAAGGAGAUCUACACGAGGUUCGUCCACCAACACUUCCCCACCCACAUCCAGGGGCAGGAGGAGAAGGAGGACUUCUGGUGCAAGUCUGCUAAAGAUCUGCUGCUGGGGUUCGCUGACAAGAUGGAGCUUCCCAACAGCCCCCUGGAUGAGAUCAUCGACCAGCUGGGAGGACCCCAGUGUGUGGCCGAGAUGACCGGCCGGCGCGGCAGGGUCGUGAGAAAGACUCCGAAGUCCCAGCCGCAGUACGUGCUCCGGGACUCGGACACGACGGGCGACAUGGACAGCCUGAACAUCCGCGAGAAAACCAGCUUCAUGGAUGGGAAGAAACUGGUGGCCAUCAUCUCUGAUGCUGCAAGCACAGGUAUCUCUCUACACGCGGACAUGCGAGCGGCCAACCAACGACGGCGCGUGCACAUCACGUUAGAGCUGCCGUGGAGCGCCGACAAGGCUGUACAACAGAUGGGACGAUCACACAGGUCCAACCAAUCCAGUGGUCCUCUGUACAAGUUGGUCACCACAAGUCUGGGUGGAGAAAGAAGAUUUGCUGCAGCUGUGGCAAGAAGGCUACAGUCUCUUGGUGCUCUAACUAAAGGCGAUCGUCGUGCUGCAACUGGCGCUGACUUGAGCGAGUUUAACUUCGACACCCCGUAUGGGAGAACGGCACUGCGGAACAUGUACUACGGAAUCUGCCAUGGCGAGAUGGUGGCGGGGGUGUCCCUGGACAGUGUGACUCAUGGAAAGUACCAGUUUGGAGAGUUGAACAGCAUUAUGCAGGACUGCCUAACACAGAUGGGGGUAAUAGAGGAGGGUGGGGGGAACAGUGUGAAGGACAAGGAUGCUGGGGUGGUCGGGCGCUUCCUCAACAGGAUUCUGGGAUUGAGCGUGGAGCGACAGAACCUGAUUUUCCACUACUUCACCCAAUGUCUGAAUGCCAACGUCAGUGCCGCUAGGAGGGAAGGAAGGUACAAUGAGGGUCUUGUCGACAUUACAGCCUCCUCAGUGGACUUGGUAGGAGACCCACGGGAAGUGUUCCAUGGUGUUCACAAUGGGACCAACAUCACCAGACACGUGGUGUUGUCGGUGGACCGAGGCAUGGACUGGGACUCAGCCGUACAGCGUUCGAAAAACCACGAGAAGGAGAAAGACGGGUUCUACUGCAGCCGGAGAGAGGUGCGCGGGCGUCGCCUCUACAUCCUGGCUACUCAGAAGGAAAACUCCACCCAUCUCUUCAAAGUGGCACGCCCCAACACAGGAGUGUCCAGUUUUGAUGAGGAAAUCUCGGAGAUCCUGUCCCGGUACUCCCACGUAGCUGUGGACAGGGCGGAACACGGGUGGAAGCAGCAAUAUGAGGAGGCCAGUCAGCACUGUAUCCACGGACCCAACUGUAAGAAUGGACAGGCCUGUACGGUUGGCAGUCGGUGCUACCGUGUGAGCUUGCUGUGUGGGGGGAUCGUCACACUCAUGGCCCUGUUAGAGAGAACAGUCGCACAGUACCAGGUCAAGCUGCAGCUCAGCAAGGUGGAGUGCAACCUUCGAGUGGUGAGGGUGGAGCUGAGGGAUGGCAGGAGGAUUGUGGGAUUGCGUUACCCCGAGGUACUCAUCCCGCUGGCGGAAAAGGCGCUGGAAGAGCAGAAUCUCCCAGAAUCCAUCAUUCAGAGGAUCAAGAAUCAGCCCACUAUACUCAGUAAUGGAAUGCUGGCGCUACCAUCCCAGACUACCCCACCUCCACUACCUGCCAACAGGGCGACCUCAGCGGUCAUCGAACCACCCUGUCCAGUCGUGAGGAAGUGCCUCUCUCGAGCCACAACCCCGCCGGUCACCAUCAAAAACUUCUUCAAACCCUGUAGUACCAUGAAAAGGACUACCUCUGCUAGCACAGUGGCGGCCAGCCAAUCAGAUUCAAGUGUGGAAGCUGCUGGCCAAUCAAAUGGUGAUGCCACUGAUCCUGACCAAUCACGUGCAAGCCAGGCCAGCCAAUCAAGUGUUAGCCAAGCCAGCCAAUCAAGUGCAAUACAUUCAACUGAUAUAAGCCAAUCAGAGAAUGACCAAUCACAGGAUGGUGAAAGCAGACAAACCAAAGCAGCUGUGCCAAAUGCUAGUAGUACUACUGACGGUGAUGUUGUGUUUCUCAGCCAAGAUUCGGCCUCAACUCAGGGUUCUAGCUUCGAUUCUGAAAACAAAUUAAGUAGUUCUCAGACCUGUCAGGAUACCAAUACUAUAGAGAAGCUUUCCAUAAAAAGACCGUUAGGAAGUAGCAGUACAAACCGUCCUGCCAAGAGACAGAAGGGUCAGAAGACCAACAGCCUCAUGUCCAUGUUCAAGAAGUCGACACAGAAGGACGAAGUCAGCAAGUUGAAGAAACAGACAUGUCCGAUCUGUAAUGUUGUCAUGAAGCCAGGCACCACAAAUGGAGAGCUGAACCAGCAUAUAGACAACUGUCUGAUAGGAUAAGAACAGUACACCUUGUCGUUUAUACUUCAGAAGGAACUGAAGUGAAGGGUGGACUCAUUGGAAACUGUUUGCGAUGUACCUAGUUUCAAAGGACA